AUGGCCGCUCCAACUGGGGCCAUUUUCCUGUUUGCCCUCUCUAUCAUUCUCCUCUUCCCCGGCCCAAGCGCCGCCACCGGCGAGAAGGCGACCGUAUCGGUGAGGGCGGUGACGGCCAUCUCCCACACAGACGACAACUUCAUCUGCGCGACGCUCGACUGGUGGCCGAAGGACAAGUGCAACUAUGGCAUGUGCCCCUGGCAUGACUCCUCUAUCCUCAACCUGGACCUCUACAAUCCUAUUUUGUACAAUGCAGUCAAAGCCUUCAAAUCGUUGCGGAUUAGGCUUGGAGGGUCGAUGCAGGACCAGGUGACGUACAAGGUGGGCAAGCACUACGACGACUGCCACAACUUCCGGCGAGAGGACGGCCGCCUCUUCGGCUUCACGGACGGCUGCCUCCCCAUGAACCGCUGGGACGAGCUCAACAUCUUCUUCCGCCGAACCAACACGACGGUGACGUUCGGGCUGAACGCGCUGAGGGGCCGGCGCAAGGCCCCCGGCAACGGCAGCACCCUCCACGUCGGCGGCUGGGACGGCCGCAACGCGCGCGACCUGAUGCGCUACACCGUGGGCAAGGGCUACCGCGUGGAGUCGUGGGAGCUGGGCAACGAGCUGUGCGCCGGCGGCGUGGAGGCCAAGGUGAAGGCGGCGCAGUACGGCAAGGACGUGCUCCGGCUCAGGAGGAUCGUGGAGAGGGUGUACAACGGCACCGGCGGCCGCCUCCCCAAGGUCCUCGCGCCGGGUGGCUUCUACGACGGGCCCUGGUUCUCCGAGAUGCUCCGCGUCUCCGGCCCCGGCGUCGUCGACGGCGUCACGCACCACAUCUACAACCUCGGCUCCGGGAAGGAUAAGGACCUGAUCAACAAGAUGCAGGACCCGUUCUACCUGGACAAGGUGGCCCAGACGUUCAGCGACAUGGAGGCCACGGUGCGGGAGUCCGGCCCGUGGAGCUCGCCGUGGGUGGGCGAGUCCGGCGGCGCGUACAACAGCGGCGGGAAGGACGUGUCCGACAGGUUCGCCGACAGCUUCUGGUACCUGGACCAGCUCGGCAUGUCCUCCGUCUUCGGCACCAAGGUGUACUGCCGGCAGGCGCUCGUCGGCGGCAACUACUGCCUCCUCAACACCACCACGCUCGCCCCCAACCCGGACUACUACAGCGCGCUGCUCUGGGACCGCCUCAUGGGCCCGGGGGUCCUCCAGACAACCACCACCGGCGGCGCCAUCUCGCCCUACCUCCGCUCCUACGCGCACUGCUCCAAGCAGAAGCCCGGCGUCACGGUGCUCCUCAUCAACCUCUCCAACUCCACGGCGUUCAACGUGACGGUGGCCGGCGACAUGGACCUGCACCCGCCGCCACGGAAGCUGCUGGAGGCGGACGACGCUGGGGCGGUGUGCGGCGGACAGAGGGAGGAGUACCACAUGAGGCCCGAGGGCGGCGACAUCCAGAGCUCGGUGGUGCUGCUCAACGGGGAGCCGCUCGCGCUCGGCCCGUGCGGACAGAUACCCGAGCUGCGUCCGGCCGUCGUCGCCGACGGGUGCGCGUCCCCGCUGCGCGUCGAGCCCCACUCCAUCGCCUUCGUCAGGUUCACCGGCUUCAAGGCUCCCGCUUGCGCGUAA